AUGAACAACCACGCGCACUUCCCGAACGAGAACCUGCUCGCCGGGCGCCCCGUGGAGCCCGUGCCCAACGCCGGCAUCUACGAGAUCCUGAGGGACCAGGGCGGACAGUUCGGCUUCCAUAACGGCUGGGAGUCCGCCAACUACUUCGACCCCGGGGCCACUGAGCAGCACGGCAACGCCCUGGGCUCCUUCCAGCGCCCCGCCUACCAGGACAAGAUCGAGGCCGAGUGCCGCGGGAUGGCGGACUUUGGCGGCAUCUGCUACUGGCCGUUUGCCAAGUUCAGCGUCACCGGCCCUGGGGCCGCAGCGUUCUUGGACGGCCUUGUGCCGAACAGGCUCCCACAGGUGGGCCGCUGUGCCCUCUCCUACUUCCUCACGCCCGCCAGCAAGGUGAGCUCUGAGGUCAUGAUAGUCCGACGAGGAGAGGAGGACUUCUACGUGGUCAGCUACCCGGAGCAGGAGCUCUUCGACUGGCGCUGGCUGAGCAUGAGGAAGCCGCUCGAGGGAGUCGACCUCCGCAACGUCACCGCCGACUUCGGCACGCUCAUGGUCUCUGGGCCGCAGAGCCGCCGGGUCCUCGGGCAGCUGGCCGGCGACGAGGCCGCGUGGUCGAAGGAUUCAUUCAAGUUCUACCAGCACCGCGACGUGGUGCUGGCGGGCAUCCCGUGCCGCGCGCUGCGUGUCUCCUUCACCGGCGAGCUGGGCUGGGAGCUCCACCCCGCCACAGAGGACGUGGCCCCACUGUACAGGGCGCUGAAGGCUGCGGAGCCGCGCCUGAACGACUGGGGUGGCUUCGCUAUGGGCUCUUUCCGGCUGGAGAAAGGGUUCAAGGCUUUCGGCUCCGACAUGACCCGCGACCACACCGCGCUGGAGGCGGGUAUCGAGAGCAAGUUCUUGCGUGUCGACGAGAAGGACUUUGUCGGCCGCGACGCGAUUGUGGCAGAGGGCACCGCGAAGCGACGGCUAGUGCACUUGGGAGUGGGCACCCCGGACGGCCAGGAUUGCGCGGGUAACGAGCCCAUCUUCGACAGCGGCACUGGAAAAGUUGUGGGUUUCACAACCAGCGGCGGGUACGGCUACCUAGCGCAGCAGAGCAUCGCCUUCGGCUACGUCGCCACCGCCUCCUUGGAGAGCGCCCUGGAGGUGGAGGUCCUGGGCGUGAGAUAUCCGGUCUUCAUACAGAAGGGCGCCUUCAAACCGAAGCCGUUGGAGGCGCCGGUCGAGACCCUGGGCCUGCACGUCCCCAGCCUCGAUGCCCCCCAGGCCACGGUGCGCCUGUGA